CCAGCAGACAUCACAGCUCCACCGAACAUGGCGCAGAAGCAAAUCAUCGUGUUGGCCGCCCUUGUGGCUGUCACCCUGGCCAACCCAGCUUAUGUUAACCCCGGCCCAGUGGAUCCUCCCAGGUACGACUUCAACUACGCCGUGAAGGACUUCAACGGCAACGACUUCGGUCACCAAGAAUCUCGUGAUGGCUACAACACUCAGGGCAACUAUUACGUUCAGCUUCCCGACGGUCGUCUCGAGAGAGUAAAUUAUUACGUCAACGGCGACUCUGGCUUCGUAGCUCAAGUUGAGUAUGAAGGCGAGGCCCAGUACCCCGCCUACCAGCCCUCACCCUCAUAUGGGCCCUCACCAUCUUACCAACCUGAGCCCAGCUAUGGCUAGUGUGACGAACAUUAUAACCAGUUUUACUUUACUAAAUAUUUAUAAGGUUUUAAUGAAGGCAUUUUAUACAUUUUUGUGGUGACCAUAUUUUGAAAUAAAGUUAAUGGUGCAA